UCCAAUCAGAUCACAAUUCAUUUUGGAACGCAGCGAAUGGGAUUCGAGUAAGCCUGCAUUUAAACCACGGUGAUUCACUCUUUGGUAUUGUACAGUGCAGUGUUUUCUGUCUUCACCAAAUCAACUUAUCUUUCGAAAUGGCUCUCCCUAUGACUAGAAGUCGCCUGGCUUCCUCAGAGAACCAAACUACUCUGCCGGGCAAGGCUGUUUUGGGAACUAAGCCUACACUGAGACCACGAGCAGCGCUCGGCGAAAUCGGAAAUGUUGGAGUGCCCAGACAGACUUUGAAAAAGAAUGCAAAGGCAGAAACUACUAAAGUGGUUGACAGGAAGACCAGCACGCGGGCUGAAAAAGCCCAGGUGGUUCAACCACCAAAAAUAGUAGUUUUUGCCCCUGUUCAGGUUUUGCCUGAGCCAAUGUCUCCCACACCAAUGGAGACCUCUGGCUGUGCUCCCAACGAGCUGUGCCAGGCCUUCUCAGAUGUCCUACUUAAUAUCAAGGAUGUAGAUGCUGACGACUAUGACAACCCCAUGCUCUGCAGUGACUAUGUGAAGGACAUCUACAAAUAUCUCCAGAAACUUGAGAUUGAUCAGGCUGUCAAACCCAACUAUCUGGAGGGACGGGAAAUUACAGGCAACAUGCGUGCUAUCCUCAUCGAUUGGCUUGUCCAGGUCCAAAUCAAGUUCCGCCUGCUGCAGGAGACCAUGUUCAUGACUGUGGGAAUCAUUGAUCGCUUCCUUCAGGAUAACCCAGUGCCCAAAAAGCAGCUCCAGCUUGUUGGUGUGACAGCCAUGUUCAUUGCCUCCAAAUAUGAGGAGAUGUACCCUCCGGAGAUCGUAGACUUUGCCUUUGUUACCGACCAGGCCUACACCACUGCACAGAUCAGGGACAUGGAGAUGAAGAUCCUAAGGGUGCUGAAGUUCAGCUUUGGCCGCCCUCUCCCCCUCCAGUUCCUCAGAAGGGCCUCAAAGAUUGGCGAGGUGACUGCUGAGCACCACACCCUGGCAAAGUACUUUGUGGAGCUCACCAUGGUGGACUACGAGAUGGUGCACUUCCCUCCCUCCCAGGUGGCCAGUGCAGCCUUUGCCCUCACCCUGAAGGUCUUCAACUGCGGUGAAUGGAGCUCCACACUACAGCAUUACAUGAACUACACAGAAGACAGCCUGGUCCAUGCCAUGCAGCACAUCGCUAAAAAUGUUCUGAAGGUGAACGAGGGACAAACUAAGCAUAUGACGGUUAAGAACAAGUACUCUAGUCAGAAGCAGAUGAGAAUUGCAACUAUUUCACAACUAAAGUCUUCGCUGAUCAAGGACCUUGCAAAACAACUCACCCUAUGAGAUGCCUGCUGGAGCUAUGUGCUGCUUGUACUGUACAGAAUAUAUGACUUAUGUUUUUAUUUUUUUAGUUAAGUCUUAACAACUGGGAGACAUGUUAGUGUUGAAGUGUACAGCUUGUGUUCCAAAACCUGGGUGUUGGACUUCCUGGUAAUUAAAUGCAUUGACCUAAAGUAGGUCAUGUUCUGCCUGGCAAUCAAUGUAACUUGCAUGUAUGAUCAAGACUGUAUAUUCAUGUAAUGCCAAUAAACAUUUUAUAAACUUUUAAA